AUGAGAAGGAGUCGUUGUGCACGGGAAGCAGCGACAAUGGUGCGCCUGAGCUGGGCUCCCGCGCGACUGCAGCCUCAAUUGGUGUCGAGACGCCAGGUUCGGGGCCUCGCGAGCCAAGCUGCCAGCAACGCCGGCGGCAAGCAGGUCGCCGUCAUUGGCGGCGGCCUGACGGGCCUCACGACGGCCUACCUCCUCGCCAAGAACCUCCCGGCGUCGGCGCGCAUCACCCUCUAUGAGUCGGGCGAUCGCCUCGGCGGCUGGAUCCGCACCGACAAGGUGCCCGUCGACGUCAACGGCACCAAGGGCGUCGUGCGCUUCGAGCGUGGCCCGCGAACCUUGUCCUCGCUGCGCGGCAACGCCUGGCGGUACGAUGACCUCGUGCUUUACGAGCUGAUGCUCGACCUCGGCCUCAAGCUCUCGUACCCGAAAGACCUCCCGCGCUACCUCUACUACCCCGACCACAUUGUCAAGAUGCCGCCCGACGCGUCCUUGCUCGGCUGCCUGGCGGAGCCCCUCUUCCGCGAGUGCAUAUGGGGCGCGAUGGGCACCGCCGCGGCGUUCGUGACGGGCAGGCACAGAGACAAGAUCCCCGUGGCGGACCUCUCGGUGGCCGACUGGCUGCGGCACAUCACCGGCUCCGGCACCGUGGGCGACAACCUCGUGUCGGCUAUGAUCCACGGCAUCUACGGCGGCGACAUUGACCGCCUGAGCGCGCGCAGCGUCCUCGACCGCAUGUACUACAACCUGCAUCUCCCGCCCGCCGCCAAGGGCCAGCGCCACGUGCCCGCCCACGAGAUGGUGUUUAUGGAGCGCAUGACAAAGGACCCGAUGAUCUGCGCAGAGGCCAACAGGCCCAAGGGAUCGCUGAUACACUUCGGCGCGCACGGCAUGGAGUCUCUGCCCAGGGCGCUCGAGGACGCCCUAACCGGACAGCCCAACGUGACCAUUCGGCGGCAGUCGCCAGUGCACCACAUUUCCUACCGCAAAGACGAAGAUAAGGUCCAGGUGACUGGCAAAGAUCUGCAGCAAACAUACGACCAUGUGGUCUCGACCACGUCCAGCGACACGCUCGUCGAGUCCACCGGUGACGCCCUGUCGACCCUGUCCGGCAUCGAGUCCGUGUCCAUCAUGACGGUCAACCUCUGGUACCCCGUCGAGAACAUGAAGCCGCCCGGGUUCGGCUACCUGAUCCCGCGCGCCCUCCCCGCCGCGCAGAACCCCGAGCGCGCGCUCGGCGUCUUCUUCGACUCGGACGUCAUCGGCGAGCGCGCACCCAACGAGCCCCCCGGCACCAAGCUCUUCGUGCUCAUGGGCGGCCACCACUACCGCGGCCGCGACCCGCCCUCGGAGGCCGAGGCUGUCGACCAGGCCAAGGCGCUCCUGGAGCGGCACCUCGGCAUCCCGCGCGACACGCCCUGCCACGCCAUGGCGCGCUUCGCCAAGGACUGCAUCCCGCAGCACAACGUCGGCCACGUCGAGCUGCUGCGGCACGCCGGGCAGCAGAUCGCCGAGGAGUUUGGCGGCAGGCUGAGCGUGGCGAAUGGCUCCUACGGGCGCAUCGGCGCCAUGGGGGCGCUGCGCAACGCGUAUGGGGCCGCGUUCAACAUCAUCGAGGACCAGGGAAGGUGUGGCUUGGAGAAUUUUGCCUCUGAUGUCCAUAUUGUCGAUGUACCGACGGCAAAAAUACUCUGUCGCCAGCCUCGAGAGUAA